UAACGUGAGCUGCCACCGGUCGUUUUGUAGCUUGGUUGUGUCGUCAUUGGGUCGGAGGGCGAAAAUGGGGGCUGCAGAGGCGGACAGGACCUUGUUUGUAGGGAAUCUGGACCCGAGAGCCACGGAGGAGCUGCUGUUCGAGCUGUUUCUGCAGGCUGGACCUGCACUGAGCGUUAAAAUCCCCAAGGAUAAAGAUGGCAAUCCGAAAUUAUUUGCUUUUGUAAACUUCAAGCAUGAAGAAUCUGUUCCCUAUGGGAUGAGUCUGUUAAAUGGAAUCAAACUGUUUGGACGGCCUCUGAAAAUCCAGUACCGAUCAGGGAGCAGUCACGCCUCUCAAGAUGCAAAUAAUGCAGCAUCCUCUCCACAUGGAAACGGUGGCUUUGGCAGUGGUCCAUCACCCAACGGCAACAGAUACGACUAUAGUUCGGACAUGAGACACGACUACUCGCCGCCUGUUCCAGGCUAUCAGAAACCAUACUCUUCUCCAGACAGUCUUCAAAAACAAGCAAUGAUGAAUAACUUUUACAGACAAGGAUCUUCUCAUGGUUCCAACUCGGAGAUGUCUAACACUAAUUCCUCUGCAUCAAAUUACUCCCCCUACUACAGUCCAUAUAAUCCAAGCUCCUCCCAGUCCGCCCCAGUGCGCUAUGAGUCCUCCCACAGCCACCGAAAAAUAAGGAACCAAACCUCUCAUCCUUAUCAGAACGAUGGUUACCAAAGCAGUAAAGACGCCUAUUACAGGGGAAGUCCGGAGGAGCACUACUACGAAGAUCGCGGUCCUCAGAGAAAAGAGCCUAAGUGGCGCCAUUCUCGCUAUUAAAGAGUCUCGUUUAUACCUGUAAGGAGAGAUCGGUUUCAAGGAGUCUUUCAUAAUUGUGUGUUCAAGAAGAAAAUACAUUUGCCUAGAGUCCCAUACAAGGUUGGAGACAAAGCUCACACAUUUUGGAGUGGGAGAAUGUGACGUCAUGUAUCGCCCUUUUUUUAUAUAUAUUUUUAAUUUUUAUUUUUUUAAUGGGAGUUUUAAAAAAAUUGUAUUCACUGUGGGGAAAAAAAUAUUGGUUAAUUUAAAAAAAAAAUUGAAAAUUGUUGCAUGUACAUGAAGCUACAUAUUCUAUUCUGUAUUGGAAUACCUCAUGUCUGGGGGUCCUGCAUUGUAAAAAGAAGGAAAAAAAAUGUAAUAUUGGAGAUGAUCAGUGUUGUACUUAACGGAGCAGUUCACUUUAUCACUACCCCUGCAUUAGACAAGGCUAGAAAAAAAAAAUCCCAUAGCAGAAGUGUCUCCAUGCUGGGGGUAUAUGCUGUGUAUUUUUCUGCUGCAAAAAUUUUACAGUAGCAGCAAAGUGGAUGAUAUUUAAAGGGAACCUGUCACUGGGAUUUUGUUUCGAGCUGAGUACAUGGUUUGCUAGAUGGCCACUAGCACAUCCGCAAUAC